AGCUCCGGCAGCGCCCCAGUGGGACGGCAGCGCCCGCGCCCCGCAGGCUUCAGUUCGCCCGCUGGAAUAGCGCUCUUCCGCCCGCCCGCCUGCCAACAUGAAAGCCUUCAGCCCGGUGCGGUCCGUCAGGAAAACCGGCCUCUCGGAGCACAACCUCGGUAUCUCCCGGAGCAAGACCCCCGUGGAUGACCCCAUGAGCCUGCUGUACAACAUGAACGACUGCUACUCCAAGCUGAAGGAGCUUGUCCCCAGCAUCCCGCAGAACAAGAAGGUGAGCAAGAUGGAAAUCCUGCAGCACGUCAUCGACUACAUCCUCGACCUGCAGAUCGCCUUGGACUCGCACCCCAGCAUCGUCAGCCUCCACCACCAGAGACCCGGGCAGAACCCUUCCUCCAGAACUCCUCUGACCACCCUUAACACAGACAUCAGCAUCCUCUCGCUACAGGCGUCCGAGUUCCCCUCAGAGCUCAUGUCAGGCGACAGCAAAGCACUUUGUGGCUGAACCGAACGGUGUUCCACUGAUGACUUUUUUUUUUUUUUUUUUGCACAAGAAAAUGUCUACAGGAUUUUUUUCUGAGGUGCUGAAUUUAUUUUUCAGCUGUAUCUGGAGGGGAAGAUCCACGUUCAACUAAAAGGACCUUUUAAAAUUAAUAAAGAAGAAAAAAAUCAAGAUUGAUCUUUAUCCCCACCCCAUUUUUCAACUUGGACUGAACCUAGUUAUUUAUGAAGAGACUCUUAAAUACCCUUUCCCUAGUUGGAAGGCUUCCUUUAUAUACUAUUCCCAACGUGGGGAGCGAAACAAAAAUCUCACAAGGAGUUGCCCAUUUUAAAGCAGACUUUGCCUUUUUUUCCAAAGGUGGAGCGUGAGUACCAGAAGGAUCCAGUUUUCAGUUUUUUAGGAAAGUCUGUGGUCAGAAAUUACCUUUCUGACACAAACCUAGGACUGAAUGCUGUGUAUAUAUUUAUAUAUAAAUAUAUAUAUAUGAGUGAAACCUUGUGAACUCUUUAAUUAGAGUUUUCUUGUAUAGUGGCAGAAAUAAUACAUUUCUGCAAAAAGUGUAAUGAUGUACUUAAUCAUGCUAAACUUUUUAUAAAAGUUUAGUUGUAAUCUUAACCCUUUUUAUACAAAAUAAAUCAAGUGUGUUUAUUGAACUGAUUGCUUGCUUUAUUCUUUGGGGACCAACUGUUUGCUGGCUUUGAUUUGUGUUGUGUUUUUGUUGUUUGUUUUUUUUUUAAUACUUAUACAUUCUGUUAUGACUUUUAUCAAGUAAAAAUUAAAAUAUGUAGAGAUUAUAAAAGAAUAAAAUUACCUGAAGUGAAUAA